AUGUCAGGUACUCCCAAGGAGAGCACGGAGUUAUACAUGCGCAAGCGCAUAUGCCCCAACCCAACACUUGCAUAUAAACUUCCAAAUUCCACACUUACCACCCCACCACCUCAAUCUUCCUCAACAACCACCCGCUAUUGCGAUUCGUUCCCCCACGCAAGGCCACGUUCCUUGUGCAUUGGCCUUCAAAGAAUGCACCGCCAUUACUCGCGUCCACUCCCACCCCAUCUUGAUCCAAGGUUCGGCGCAGAGAAGAGGCGAGUUCCCACUGGGCCCAACCCUCUUCACAACUAA